UUUUCGUGGCUAGUCCUGUUAACAAUGUUGGAAAUCUAACUCAACUACAGCGAUAUCCAAUUAGGUGUUGACGUGAUUAUGUCGUAAGUCAAUAUUAUCUUUUUACCUCGCGAUGGGAGAGGUCUACAUCGUGUUUUUCCGAUGAAACGGCAGACAGGCCUGGGUGUUUUUAUGAUUGCGUUGUUAUUACCGGGUACAUCGUAACUUCCUGGUAGUUGUGGCAGUUUUCAAACAACGAUUACAUGUUCACCAUACAGGCAAAUACACCAAUCAUGUUUGAUUUAAUGUUCAUUUUAACUGCAGCAGUUUGUACAGUGUCUGGUCAGUCCAUUACCAUAACAGGACCAAGUACCUUGGAAACACCAACAUCAGAACUCAGACUUACCUGUACACCAAGCUCAGCCGGUAUCACAGAUAUCAGUAUUAUCAGUCUUCGGAAAAACUCUAGUUCUACAGAUUAUCAAACAGUAGUGUCUGUUAGCUAUAGUAAAGCCACCUCAUCCUCAGUAAUCGAGUGGGGUAACGUUGUCAGUCAGAGCAGAGCGGGGGUGUCAGCCACAGGAAAUGUGGACACGGUAUCUGGAGCUCAGCUUGUGUUUACAAUUGCCACAAAUAGGACAAACUGUAAUGAUGGCGGAGCUUACCAAUGUUCUAUGGGAGUCACUCUGACUGGUGGUAGUGGUGGUGUAGCUGAUAGCUGAAAAAUAUGUCACAGCUAAAGUUCAACCGAUAUCCACUAACGACAUGACGGUGUUUCCCUUCCCCAAUGUGGAGAGUGUAUAUUACUCUGUGGGAUCCUCGCUGACAUUCACUUGUACGGGCACUGUAGGAAGUGACAAAAAAACCCACAAAUGGUGUUACAAGCGUGCCACCGACCAAGGAUAUACUGGUUAUUCGACUGCAGCUGACAUUAAUCAGAAUGAUAACGGUUUGAUACAGUCCGGGUGUAACUACCAACGUACCAGUACACUUACAUACAAUGUGACAAAUGAAGACACCAACACCACGUUUAUGUGUGAACCGUUCACUGGAACCGUGUGUGGCUCUAAUCCAGCCUCACUGAUAACAUACAAAUCCAUCAGAAGAUAUUCCCCAGGUAGAACGACAGGCGGUCAAGGUGACACUGGAGACAAAACCACCACCACGGCGUCUACUUGUGUUCCAAGUAUAUAUGACGUCACACCUUGGAUUGUCGUCGCUGUUAUAUUCAUCAUGGCGACUGUCGUCCUCAGUACCACUGUUGCCUUCCUCUGUCGUAAAGUAUUAGAAUAUAAAGAACGUUUACAUCAAAGCGUGAACUACGAGGUGGUGAACAGAGGAUUUUCAAGAAAUGAUGAGCACGUGUACAACACCACGGACAAUUACGAAAUACCACAAAUAUAGAAUAAACAAUGCAGUUACGAGGUGUGGAUAAUCGAACUAAGUGUAUAACUGUUGUAACCGAGGGUACACAUACCAACAAACUAAGUGUAUUACUGUUGUAACCAUGGAUACACAUACCAACAAACUAAGUGUAUUACUGUUGUAACCGAGGGUACACAUACCAACAAACUAAGUGUAUUACUGUUGUAACCAAGGAUACAUAUACCAACAAACUAAGUGUAUAACUGUUGUAACCGAGGGUACACAUACCAACAAACUAAGUGUAUUACUGUUGUAACCAUGGAUACACAUACCAACAAACUAAGUGUAUCACUGUUGUUACCAAAGAUACACAUACCAAAAACUAAGUGUAUUACUGUUUUACCAAGGAUACACAUACCAACAAACUAAGUGUAUUACUUCAACAAACAAAGUGUAUUACUGUUGUAACCGAGGAUACACAUACCAAUAAACCGUAUUACUGGUGUAACCGAGGAUAUACAGUACGCGUCAGGUGGUAUGGUCCCCAAUCACCGCCACAGUGGCGAGGUCUAAUCCCUUCCACUCAUUCAGUCGGUUGCAUGUCGGUUGAAACACCGGCUGACACCGGCUCAAAACCCGAGUGGUCACCUGUUUACUGACACCGCGCGACACGGUGUGGAAGAGUGUUGGGGAUUAGUGAAACAAAGGUCCUGAUUCAUGAUUGACAGGUACACUGCCUGAUACCGUGAUGUGUUUGUUGGAACAUACCUUGUCGUACAGUACAGGUACUCUGUAGCUGGACUUACAUUUUGUACUUACAGUAUCCAGAAACGUGAUAUAUCUGAUAUACAAGUCUCUGCAGUAUCCCAGCCCGGUGUUGAGAAAACGGAGAUAUUUUUUUAUGUAAUGAAAUCACGAUCUAUACUAGCGAUACUACAGAUGUAUUGUGUUGUAAAUGUACGGUACAUAUACACUCCAAAUUAUGUACGUUUUUAGUUUUUAAAUCCUAGCUAGAUGAGUACCACAAAUGUUUACCGGGAAAUCGAGAAAACAAAACACUGUAACAUUUAAGGAUAUUUUGCCGCCUUGGUGUUUGUGUUAUUUAUAGCAAUAUUGUGAUUGGAGCGCGAGCGAGUAAAUCCCGCUCGGCUUUCGAUUGACUUUGAAGUAAGUCUUGAAUGAUUAAUAUAAUAAUAACUUAACUAAAACAAAAACAAAAGCAUAUGACACUUCUGUCUGUUUAUGUCCCCAUUGAACACUAUAC